CCUCGACGUCUCUGUCUUCAAGCUUCUUCAAGUCUCCGACAUACAACUGGACUUGCGCAAAUCGCAAUCAUGGCGGACGCAAGCAAAUCCCCCGAAGAUGUCGCCAAAGAGUACGACCUUCUCCCAAAACUCGUCACCCAUCUCGAUCGCCAUUUAAUCUUUCCCCUCCUGCAAUUCGUCGCAGACCAAGAUGAAGAGCCAUCUCCAGCCAUCACGAAGGCCAAAUUCGAGCUCCUCAAAAAGACAAACAUGACCGAUUACGUUGCGACGCUUUACUGCGAAAUGGAGAACGUUGAGGAACCACCAAAGGAGUAUGCGACCAAGAGACAGGAAGUUUUGGAUCGUUUGGAGAAAUUCCAGGAUGACAGUGAGAAGAUUACCGACUUGCUUGGGAGAGAGGAUGUUGUGACGGGGCUGCGAAGUGACAAAGUGGCAAAUUUGGAAUUCUUGAAGAAGGAACAUGAUGUGAGUUGGCUGUAUUGAAGUGCUGGGCCCGGCGCUAAUGUGACAUAAGGUCACUAUUGAGAUGGUCAACGUACUAUAUGACUUUGGAAACUUCCAAUACAGUUGCGGAAACUAUGGUGCCGCAUCCGAACUGCUCUACCAAUUCCGAGUCCUCUCCACCGAUAACGACAAGGUUUCAGCAGCAACAUGGGGAAAGUUGGCAUCUGAGAUUCUUACCACCAACUGGGAGGGUGCCAUGGAGGAGGUGACCAAGGUCAAGGAAUCUAUCGACACAAAACUCUUCAACAACCCUCUCGCACAGCUUACUCACCGCACAUGGCUCAUCCACUGGGCGCUUUUCCCAUUCUUCAACUAUGAGCCAGCCCGUGACACCAUCUGCGAACUCUUCUUCUCCGCUCCUUUCAUCAACACCAUUCAAACCGCAUGCCCUUGGAUCUUGAGAUAUCUUACCGCAGCUGUUAUCACCAACCGAAGCCGUACACGCAACACUGGACAGUACCAGAAGCAGUUGAAGGAGAUCAUCAAAUUUGUUAGACAGGAAAACUAUGAAUACAGUGAUCCAGUCACAGAUUUUAUCAAGGCCCUCUACAUCGACUUUGAUUUUGAGGAGGCACAAAAGAAACUCUCAGAGGCCGAGGAGGUUCUCCGUUCUGAUUUCUUCCUUGUAGCCGCAUCAGACUCUUUCGUCGAGGCCGCACGUCAUCUCAUUUCAGAGAGCUACUGCAAGAUCCACCAACGUAUCGAUAUCAAGGAUUUGAGUGCAAGAUUGGGAUUGAACCAGGAUGAGGGUGAGAAAUGGAUCGUCAACUUGAUCAGGGAUACUAGAGUUGAUGCCAAGAUCGACUACAAGGAGGGAACCGUUGUAAUGAACCACCCACCAAGCAGUGUAUACCAGCAAGUGAUUGAGCGAACCAAGGGAGGAUUCUUCAGAACGCAAGUUUUGAGCGCAGCUGUUGCUAAGUGAACAACGCCACUCGGAAGAUGUGUAUCUGUUGAAUGAAAUCGGAGCGUGGGGAUGAUAUAAGAUGCUAGCUAUUACGGAAAGAGCUUCAUUUGCGGACGUUGGUAUGGAUGGAAGGACGAGUGGGUCUGCAUGGCUGGCGUUUGGGCUGGGGGCAACUUUCAUGCAACCAAAAAUUACGGGGCUUCUUUUUUGAUGAGAAUCUGAUGUCAUGAGAUAAGAUGUGGCUUGGCUGUUCAUAUGAACAAUGGACGGGCAUCUGUUUUUGAUGAUGAUGAUGGGUCUACAUAGAUGAUGGAUGGCUCAAAGGACCGUUAUUUGAGAUAGAUCAAUUCACGAUUCUUUACAU